AUGGAUAUCAAGCCAGCGGAUGACAGCAGCGUGAAGGUUGCCAUGUUGACAUUAGAUCUCAUCGAGCCAGUUCUUCAUCGAGGUGAGGCGCUGAAGCAGUUUCACUCCAACCUCUCCCGGUUGACGGACCACUACAUUUGUAUUUUGCGGCAUGGUAUUUUCCCCGGCGUGCCACCCGAAGUGAUCUGGCUCAUUGCCUGUGGUUGUCAGAGGAAGCACUAUUUGCCCAGGGAGACCUUGGUGGAGGAAGACGACCUGGGUGAUGUCGCGGAUUGGCUGUUCGCCAUCAACAGCGGCAAGGCCGAUGUCGAAAAGUUGUCCUACAACGGGGAGGAGGCAGUACCACAGCUGAUUGGCACUCUCACGGAGGGAGCUGUGCUAGGAGACGUUUGCUUCUUGCACGGCGGGGUCCCUCGCGGCGCGACGGUGCGCGCCCAGACGGAGGUGGAUGCCAUUGCCAUCCCUCCCAGUGUGAUUUUGGAUGCUUUGGCGCUCUACCCUGGCAUCACUGGUAGCUUUAUGGGUCGUUUGCGGGAGAUUGUCAUGCAACUGCAAGGCUCCCUUCCGCGACCCGCCCAGGCACUCAAGGGCAUGCAGAUCUUCUCCUCUUGCGACCUUCCCUUCCUACGGGCGGUGGCCAGCGUUUCAGAGCGCAAGGUCUUCUUUGCCGGUGAUGCCUGCCGCGAGGAGGGCGUUCUCGAUGAGACCUUGCGCGUCAUCGAGUUCGGCCGCUGUCGCGUGGAGAGUCGGCAAGGUGACGGCAGCAUCAAGCGCCACGGCUAUUGCGACGUGGGCACCGUGCUUGGGGAACGACGGUUCUUCAACAUGCCUCCCAAAUGGCCAGACGCCAGCUUCCGGAUCGCCACUCCUUUAGCCUUAUUGCUCUUCAUCCCCAGGCAAUCCUUCAACGGGGUCCUGGAGAACUACCCCUCGGAGCAGCAGCGCUUCAGAUUGGUCAAGGAGUCCAACAAGACGGACGGUGGCAAUGCCAAGCGCGAGCAUGAUGCGGCCAGCCUCAGCAUUCUACAGGGCUGUGGCCCGGGAUUUCUGGCGGCCAUCGCAGGCUGCAUUCGCACGGUGACCUACAAGAUUGGACAGACGAUCACCGUGCAGGGCGCCGUCGACUCGGGUUCCAUGUACAUCAUCAAAGGUGGCUCAGCAGAAGUCUAUGUGAACCAUCGCUUCGUCAAAGAGGUCCAUAGUGGCGAGUCCUUUGGAGAGCUGACCAUCUUAGGCUUCGUGAAGCGUCGCUCUGCGGUGGUCCGCGCCAAGGAGAGCGGGGGGUGA